AUGAGGCUUAUUCUUCUCCUAUGCACGCUCGUUUCUUUCAUCGAAUUCUCCACAUCAACCACCAUCGUCACCAUCACCGCCGCCCCAGCAAUCCCCUCCAACGAACCCUCCUACGCCAACCCAUCACAAUUCACCUCCGCCAUCCUCAACUCAACAAACACCUACCGCAAGGACUACAACGCCUCCUCCGUCCACUGGAACACGACGCUCGAAAAGUUUGCGUCCGAAUACCUCCAAAACGACACUUCCUGCAAGUUCGCCCACUCAGGCGGUCCCUACGGCGAAAACAUUGCGAUAGGAUACCCGAAUGCGACGGCCGCGGUGGAGGCGUGGGGGAAUGAAGAUAGGGAGUAUGACUUUGCGAAGCCGGGGUUCACGGAGGAGACGGGGCACUUUUCGCAGCUUGUGUGGAGGGAUACGAGGGCUGUUGGGUGUGGGAGGAAGCUUUGUGGGGAGAGGGGGUGGUUUGUUGUUUGUGAGUAUUGGCCGAGGGGGAAUGUUGGGGGGGAGUAUGGGGUUGAGGACUUGAGUGAAGACACAAAUAUCUUCUUGGACCACCCUGGAGAUGAUGCCACAUGGUGUUGA